UGGUUGUGGAAAACUGAUUGGUAAUCGCAGGCUCGCUGCGUCACGUGGUUCGUACUGACGUGUGUUCCGAGUGUGUUCCGAGUGUACACAUUCUUUGUGAUUGUUAGAGAGGAAGAGAUUAGGAGGUUAUAAUCUUCGAGUCUUCCAACUCGAGAAAUUAGAAUCUUAUGUUCUGUACCGCUCUGUGCAGUGUUCGCUCGCACAUACGCUAAGACCGAGAGAGAGCGCGCGCGCGCGAGAGAGAGAGAGAGAGAGAGAGAGAGAGAGAGAGAGAGAAUUUGUGCGUUCGUCCUUCGUUCCUCUAUUUGUGUUGUCUUUUUUUUUUGAAGAAACGGCUGGUCGAGAAUACUUAUUUCGUCUCUACGUAGUGUGCAUUCAUGGCUAAAUGUGAGGAAUGUAUUCGAGAAACGGUUUCUGAAAACGCUCAGCAUAGCUCAUAUUUGUGUUGAGACUAAAUCUUUGGAGUUGGAGAAGUAGAUGCAAACCUGGUAACAGUUCUAUCGAACCGUGGAAGAUUUUUGGAGGCGAUGUAUUUUUUUCUUCUGCUAAUACGCUGAGUGAACUGCAAGAUUCCUUUCAAAAGAUGUUUAGAUUGCAAGACUAGACUGUUUCGAAGGUUUCUUGUUCUCCCGUGGUACGUCCUUGCGUUUCUGGUCUCAGCCUGAAUUUCCUGUGUUGGGAGGGAAUUCGUCAACAUGUUGGCUAGCCCGAUGUCCCUUAGUAAUGCACCGACCAUGACCUCAAGCAGGAGUUGGCCGUAUUUUGAUCCGGAGUAUGAUACUAUGAGCUCUAUCAUUGACCCCCCGAAGGUUAUGAUUGACAAUGACUCUGAGAAGAAUGCCACUCUUGUGAAGGUCAGCAGUCAGAACAAACAUGGAACUCUGCUCGAAGUCGUGCAAGAGCUGAUGGAUAUGGACUUAACAAUUUCAAAGGCCUACAUUACUUCUGAUGGAGGCUGGUUCAUGGACGUAUUUCAUGUUACGGACCAGAAAGGGUUGAAAAUUCGUGACGAAAAACUCAUUGGAAAUAUCCAAAAGGCUUUGUCAUUGCAGAAAAAAAAAUGGACAGCUGAGUUUCAAAAGUGUCCUGGGAGGAGCGUUGGUACACAGACAAUCUCUGAGCACACAGCGAUAGAACUCACUGGAACGGAUAGACCUGGAUUACUUUCUGAGGUUACAGCUGUCUUAGCUGAAAUGUCCUGUCGAGUAAAUGCUGCAGAAGUAUGGACUCACAAUCGUCGAGUAGCCUGCGUCAUGUACGUAACAGACGAGGACACUUUGGGGCCCAUUGAAAAUGUCAGAAAAUUGGAAAGGAUAUUAGAGAAACUCAAUCCUAUCAUGCAAGGUUGUGAUGACGAGAAAGUUGCUCGAUCGGUUGUAGCAGAGAGCUUCACUCACGUCGAAAGACGUUUGCAUCAGCUUAUGCUCGCCGAUCACGAUUCUGACCCCUCAGUUUCGCAGAGUCAGAUAUCAAGUAGGAAACAGAAAAAUCCAAAUAUCACAGUUGAGAUCGGAAGUGAGAAGAAUUACUCAGUUGUUAAAGUGCAAUGCCUGGAUAGACCGAAGUUACUUUUCGAUACCGUGUGCACAUUGACAGAUUUGAAAUAUGUGGUCUCUCAUGCUACCAUUUAUCCUUCUGGUUCGUAUGCAGUUCAGGAGUAUCAUAUCCGUAGCAUGGAUGGUCGAACCCUUGAUGAUCCUGCGAAGGCGAAGGUAAAAAGAUGCCUGGAGGCAGCUAUUGAGCGUCGAUCCUCUGAAGGUUUGCGGCUAUACCUGUGCACAACCGACCGACCGGGGCUUCUGACCGAGGUAACGCGAACCUUUCGUGAGAAUGGUCUCUCCGUCACAAGGGCUGAAGUUUCUACUCAAGGUGAUAAGGCUGUGAACACCUUCUACGUCACUGAUGUAAACGGUCUCCCUGUCGACCUCAAGAAAGUGGAAGCUAUCCGGAAAGAAAAUCCAUUCUUGGAGGUUCAUGCCGUACCUGCAGCUUCUGAAGGCGCUCGCGUUCUGGAUGCGUCUCCAUUUUCCAAGUUUAUCAAAUCGUCGGAACGCCUUCUGCAAGGUCUUGGUUGGAGGGUUUGAAACUAUUUCGCAGUUCACGAGCUGUCUCCAUCUUCAGCAUGAAACACAAAGCAACUUCAUAACACACGUACAAGGUAAUUAGUCCGAGUGAAGAUCUUUACAAUUACCCAAGACAUGUGUAGGCGACAAAAUAUCUUGCUUGACCUGUCUUUGAUGGCAACUGGUCAGGUCUGCAUAUUUUUCUUUUGUCGCUGCUUGAAGGUUCAGUACAUCAGCUGUGGCCAUCUACUCGUGGUGUUCUCAUACCAUGCCUUCCUCUAAUUGGAGGACCAUUUCCGCUAUCGCCAGUCAUCUAUACUUAGGAUUCCGGCAAAUGGUUAGAGCCGAACAGAAGUAGGCUCUUUACUCUCUCAAUCAUCUGGUGGCAAGAUUAUGUCUAUCUUUGAUAAUGGGCUCCAGCAUGCAUGGAGGUGGUAAGCACUCCCACAACUUAUCUUCGAUGAUUCGAUUGGGCAGAUCUACCACUGUCGUUUACAAUUUUAGGGUGUAUCCCCUUUGUUCGAAUGCACAUCUUGUACAUACAGGGAUCCUGCGCUGCAAAUCACCAUGAGGUUAUGUGGAAUCUACAUAACCCCUACAUCUCUUCCCAUUCUUCAGCAUUUACCUGUACAUAAUAACUUUACCCUGUGCACUUCAGCGUAGCACACAACGAACAUGUAUACUUGGGUGUUCUAUUUGGCAAUUGCCGAUACUGAGAAUUUUAUUCUCUUUUAACCUCUGUAAAUAUCGGUCAUGGGGAAUCCCUCGUACCUGGGUAUAUAUAAAAAUAACAUCUAGAGAUGUUUUCACAUCUCAAUGGACUUUUGAAUCAAA